AUGACCUUGGCCCCUCAGGGAGCUCUGGGAUCGCAUUUAUUAAGGAUAUCGAGCAAGUACUAUGAGAGACACCACUCAAGUCUCAGUGGAGAAAGUCGCACAUCCAAGUUAUCUGGCCCGGGACACUAUGUAGUAGCGCUAGCAAGGCCGCGUUACGGUCACCGGAGGCUCUGGCAGGUCGAAGCGGUGCAAGAGGCCCGUUCAGGUUAUGACUGGCAUUGUUGGGUGUUGGGGCUGGGCGGAUACUUACCGACCAGGCUGCUGGCUAGGACCCGAGUCAUGUCGAGUUGCGCAAACGGCAGAAAUAUGGCUCUAUGGACUCGGACAAGUUCUAAGCCCCUCUGCGACUGCCCGGGCCAGUGUUCAGGUUACGGUGCCAGCACCAGCACCAUAGCCCGAGGGCCUGAUGACCGCGAGGGCCCGAUUGGAGAGGAGGAGCGCCUGGCCGCUGGGGUCGAUGUGUCACGCAAUGUGGACGAACUUAGUCCGUUCGAGGAGCUCGUGCAUACGCUCGUCACCCGUGUACCAAAACCGAACGCUGACAACGACCCAACGAAAGACAGAAUAAGAAGCUAA